UGACCAGUUGGUCUAUCGUACCGUAUUUCCUCAACUCAAUUGUCAUUCUGCAUUUCGUUGAUAAUUUUCAAAUUUCUCUUGCAAGAGAGCCUCGAGAAAUGGCGUCGAUCCUGUAAUCUCUUCGCGCAUUAACCAAGCAAGAAGUGCAGAGGGGGGAGGAGAGAUAGAGAGAGAUGGAAGGACCGACGCAGUACGCAAAGCAGCAGCGAUACGGCGGAAACCCGGCGGUGGAGAUGGCUAGGCAGGGUUCGUCGGAGGAUAAUGAUCGGAGCAGCGGAGAGAUACGGGCGGUGGAUUGCAACCUCAGCUCGCUCUGCGAUCACAUACAGCUCGAGGGCUUCACCAAUGGCUCCUUCUCCGACGUCGUCGUCCACGCCAUGGGCUCCGCCUAUCAUCUUCACCGCCUCAUCCUGUCCCGCAGCUCCUACUUCAGGAAUAUGCUUCAUGGUCCUUGGAAGGAAGCUAAUGCUCCAACUGUGAACUUGCAUGUUGAUGACAAGAAUGUUAAUGGCGAGGCAAUUGCAAUGGCAUUGGCAUAUCUUUAUGGGCACCAUCCUAAGCUCAAUGAUACUAAUGCAUUUCGUGUGCUUGCUGCUGCUUCUUUUCUGGACCUUCAGGAUUUAUGUACAAUUUGCACAGAUUUUAUUAUAUCAGAGCUGUGGACUUCAAAUUUCUUAGCAUAUCAGAUUUUUGCAGAGAGCCAAGAUUAUGGUUUACAUGGAGAACGUGUUAGAAGUGCUUGCUGGGGCUACCUUUGUCAAAGUGGUGCUAUGGAAUUGAAAGAGGUGCUUCCUAAACUUUCUUCUCAAACUUUGAAUGCGCUGCUGACCUCAGACGAACUAUGGAUACCCAGCGAAGAAAAACGGUUUGAAUUGGCUUUAUAUGCAUUCCUUUCAAAAAAUGCUUCUGCCAUAGGAGAACAUCUAGAGCAAGGAAGUUCGUCUUCUGAGGUGGGAACAAGCACUCAUUUUGAUUCUCCUAAAGUAAAGGGAAAGAACUUGAACUGUAGCGGGACUAAUAAACAGUUGGAAUCUGAACUAUGUCGCAUUAGUUUGAAAGAGGAAAUCAACGGUCAUAACACUGCUCAUAAUCUUUUAGUUGAACUUGCUGACUCUAUAGUUGGUCCCCAUGCUGGGGUUCACAGUUCAAAACAAAAGGCGCAACAAGGUUCGUGCACUCAGUCACAUCUGGAGCCAAGAUAUCAUUGCAACAUUGAAAGACUCUCAUCAAGUAACUCAUUUUCAUAUACAGAUGACGGCAGGUCCUCGUGUUCUUAUCUUGAAAUGCCAAUUGCUGUUGGAAAAAGUGGCUUGGCAGGUGAUGCUGCUGCUAUGGAAGGGCCAUCUGAUGAAGGAUCUUGCUACCAGUUGAAUAACAAUAGUUGGCUUUCCAGUGACCAGAGGCAUUGCAAUUCAAUUAAUUCUUCAUACAAUGGGUUCAUGCCUAGUGAAUGGGGAAGAUGUGGAUUGCCUCCUCUUUCAUGGGGUGGCAGGAUUGUGGGUCAAAGACAGGUAAAAGGUUAUGUGAGAGGGAACUGUGGGGUUACUGGGGAAGAAUAUGAUGCAUUUGUCAACAUUUUUGAAGGAGGUUCUCUUCUGUACUGUAAUAUGUCUUUUGAAGCACUUCUAAAUGUGAGAAAGCAUCUUGAAGAAUUAGGGUUCCCAUGCAAAGCAGUGAAUGACGGUCUUUGGUUACAGAUGCUUUUGAGCCAGCGGGUACAAGAAAUCAGUGCAGACACAUGCAAAAAUUGCUGCCUUGUCAGUAUGGCAUGUGCAUGCAGGCAACAAUUUGGAUUCUCACAUGGAGUUAGUACUACUGGUUAUUAUGUUCAAGAGCAUGAUCAUAAUAACCAGCCAAGCAGUAUGAGGAAUGUUUAUGUCACUGAUUCUACCCAAAGUGAAGGAAAUGGGCUCUUCAGGCCUGUGAGAGUUCAUGCGAGAGGUGCUAUCGAUGGGCUAGCUGGCAUUGGACGUGGAACCACAUUUGUACCAGCAGCGGCUUGGCCUCCAACACGUUUUGUCUUCUCUCGUGUACCAUUUGGUGUGGGCAACCGAAACUUUCAGCAGUCUCUUGCUAACGAUGACUCAGAGGCUAGAGCUGACCACAAUGUGGACCUGCCUGGGGAUGGGUUGACAGCUUUAGUUGGACUCAGCCAAAGUACCAUGGAUAAUUCUCAUGGAGAGCAAACAGAGAGAGGGUAUGAGACAGAUCUGCAGGGCAGUUUGAGUGAACCUGUUUCUGGGCCUAGUACUAGUGGCACUUCCGUCCAGAUGCUAGAAUCACCAGAGCAUGCCAUUGGACUUGAAUGGGAGAAUGCAAACAGUUCUAUAUCAUUGGAUAUGAAAACACCUUUGAAUCAUUUCCCCCCCUUCCGCUUCGGGGUGGAAUUUCAGGAUGUGUACAAGCUCAAUGAUGGCCAAGUGAAGCACUCUCCAGAAGUAUUUUAUGCUGGUUCUAUGUGGAAGGUAAGUGUUCAGGCGUUUAAUGAUGAAGACCCUCAAGGACGCAGGACACUUGGAUUAUUUCUUCAUCGACGGAAGGCAGAGUUAACAGACCCCAUUAGAAAGGUUCAUAUGUACAUCGAUUCUCGUGAAAAGGUUACUGCACGUUAUCAGUUGAUUUGUCCAUCAAAAAGAGAGGUGAUGGUGUUUGGAAGCUUCAAACAGACUGGAACUCUUUUACCGAAGGCACCCAAGGGAUGGGGUUGGCGUACGGCUUUGCUGUUUGAUGAGCUUGGUGAUCUUCUCCAAAAUGGGACCUUGCGGGUGGCUGCUAUCGUGCAGCUCGUUUGACACUGGAAGGUACAUCAAUUUUGUUGGCUUUCUAGCUGGUUUGCUCAGCUUAAGAUUAUACUGCCUUUAAUUGCUCAGGAGGAUCUAUGAGAUAAACCUUGCUGGUUUUGCUACAAGUGAGUUGCCUCGAGCAGUGUAUCUAAAUGAAAUUUUUGUACCAUACCAUCCACAGUGUUUCCAGAUCAUAGUGACCGCAGUUACCUUGAAAUUUUGCUGUAAAUGCUGGAAUCUCUCGCAUUCAUUUUCUGCUUGGUUGACUAUAAAUACAUGUUCUUGCCAGACAGUCUGUAGCUGUUGUAAUGGAAAAUAUAUAAUAUAUCAAAUAAUUUACAUUUUUCCGU